AUGUAUUUGCGCCAAUCAUCCUCACACUUACCUCCAAUUGGAAGUUCUGAUAUCCUAGGAGGAGGAUGUCAGUCUUCUCAUACUCCAUCUGAUCAAAUUGCAGUGAAAGAAUGGUAUAAGAAAACUGGCAUCAAGAAGAACGGCAUUAUAAGCGAUUUGAUGCAAAAACAAAAGGAAUAG